AUGUAAAAUACAAAAAAAUCAUUAAAUGAAGAUUCUUCUAAAAAUAAAUUGAAAAUCAAUUUAAAUUUGAACAUAGAAUAAAAUAAUUAAAGUAUUAACUAAUGUAUAGUUAUAGUAGAAAAGGAUGGUGAGUUUUAAUAAUUUUAUUAAACUGAAGAAGAUAAACAAAAAUACAUGUAUGAUUACUAUAAUAGCGAUAAUUCAAAUUGUUCUAUAUGUUAUAAAAAACCAUUAGAUCCAAAAAUAAAUACGCCAUGUGGACAUUAAGCAUGCUCUUCAUGCUGGAGUUUCUGGUUUAAUGUUAAUAUUUUUUGUCCUAGAUGUACAAAGAAAUGCGGACCUUCAUAUCUAUCAUGA